GGAUUAGGGGUUUUAUCAAUUUUUGUUUUUGGUGAUUUUUGGUUGUUACUUUUUCGUGACUUUUUGUGGAUACUUGGUGAAACAUGAUUCUCAAGGUUAGUGCAGCUCUGUGUUGCAUGCUAGCAGUAUCCUAUGCAGCCAUUGCCCCCGGUCAAAAUGCAUACCUUCCACCAAAAGAACCAGGCUACAAUUACAACAAACCUCAAGUACCAUUUCCAUCUGGACCACCAAGACAGCCACCAUUUAGGCCUCCACAGCAACAACCCUACAGACCUCCCCAGGAACCUUUUAGACCAGUUCAACCUCAAAGACCUUCUUACCCUUCACCGCCACCACAGCAACCAUUAAGGCCGAUUCCUCAGCCACCUAGACCACAACUACCACCGCAAAGACCAGCUCUUCCAGUCCAACCUCGUCCACCAGCGGCCACAAUCCCAGCUCCAUACCAACCAGUCAGACCUACCCCAAAUCAACCUGCCAGGCCAACUGGUCCAGGAUACAUUCCUCCAGCACAACCCCAAAGGCCAUCUGGUCCAGGAUACAUUCCCCCAGCACAACCCCAAAGGCCAUCUUUCCCACCUCAGAGACCAAGUCUACCAACUCCUCCGCCAUACAGGCCGACUCCAGCACGUCCAACUCCAGGCUACAUUCCUCCGCAAAGACCUGCAGGUCCACCAAGCCCCACCUAUGGACCAGGGCCCGCCAGACCCACUCCUCAAAGGCCAACUCCACCCUUCCAAGGACAGCCAUCUCAGGUGGAUCAAAAGUUCGUAGGAGAAAAUGAUCAUCUUUUGGUACCUCAUAAACCAGCGGAACCCUUCGACUUCAAAUACGCAGUGAAAGAUGCUGAAGGAAACGACUACUCUCACAAUGCCAUAAACAAUGGAGACAGGACCGACGGAGAAUACAGAGUUUUAUUACCUGAUGGAAGGACCCAAGUAGUCAAAUACGUAGCCGAUUGGGCCACAGGUUUCCACGCCAAGAUAAGUUACGAAGGAAAUCCAACAUACCCAUCCCAAGGUCAAAACAAGUUCCCAUCACAAGGUCCAGGUCCAGCUCCAGGAGGGUACCCAUCAGGAAGACCCAACGUACCAUUCCAACCAAGCGGUCCAAGCCAAACGAACCAAAUAAACCAACAAUACACACCUGCUGGUGGAUAUAAAUAUUAAUUAGGCAAUACGAUAAUAAAACCUUGCAUUAAAAAAAUAAUUCAGUAUUAAUUUAAUAAGGCAAUAAAACAGUGAUAUUUAAGGUAGUAAAUGUAAUACUGGGAGGUUG